CGUCCCCAGCCUCCGGAAGUUGGUUUUGUCCAAACAUCCGGGCUUCUCUUUUUUGUGUUCCGGCCGAUCCCACCUCUCCUCGACCCGGGACGUCUCCCUCACUAAGGCCCACGUCUCGCCCACUCCUCCGCGCGCGGGGCUAGCGCGGGCUUCAGCGACGGGAGCCUUCAAGGGACAUGGCAACUACAGCGGCGCCGGCGGGCGGCGCCCGAAAUGGAGCUGGCCCGGAAUGGGGAGGGUUCGAAGAAAACAUCCAGUGGAAGAACAAAGCCCUAAACCCUGGGAUGAGCAGAGGACUUAAUGGAUGGAACAGAAAAGUCCUGCACUCUAGGAGCCAUUGUCUUCACAGGGCGGAGGCUCAGCUGUGAUUGACAUGGAGAACAUGGAUGAUACCUCAGGCUCUAGCUUCGAGGAUAUGGGUGAGCUGCAUCAGCGCCUGCGCGAGGAAGAAGUAGACGCUGAUGCAGCUGAUGCAGCUGCUGCUGAAGAAGAGGAUGGAGAGUUCCUGGGCAUGAAAGGCUUUAAGGGACAGCUGAGCCGGCAGGUGGCAGAUCAGAUGUGGCAGGCCGGGAAGAGACAAGCCUCCAGGGCCUUCAGCUUGUACGCCAACAUCGACAUCCUCAGACCGUACUUUGAUGUGGAGCCUGCUCAGGUGCGGAGCAGGCUCCUGGAGUCCAUGAUCCCUAUCAAGAUGGUCAACUUCCCCCAGAAAAUUGCAGGUGAACUCUAUGGACCUCUCAUGCUGGUCUUCACACUGGUUGCCAUCCUACUCCACGGGAUGAAGACGUCUGACACUAUUAUCCGGGAGGGCACCCUGAUGGGCACAGCCAUUGGCACCUGCUUCGGCUACUGGCUGGGAGUCUCAUCCUUCAUUUACUUCCUCGCCUACCUGUGCAACGCCCAGAUCACCAUGCUGCAGAUGUUGGCACUGCUGGGCUAUGGCCUCUUUGGGCACUGCAUUGUCCUGUUCAUCACCUAUAAUAUCCAUCUUCACGCCCUCUUCUACCUCUUCUGGCUUUUGGUGGGUGGACUGUCCACACUGCGCAUGGUAGCAGUGUUGGUGUCUCGGACCGUGGGCCCCACACAGCGGCUGCUCCUCUGUGGCACCCUGGCCGCCCUACACAUGCUCUUCCUGCUCUAUCUGCAUUUUGCCUACCACAAAGUGGUAGAGGGGAUCCUGGACACACUGGAGGGCCCCAACAUCCCGCCCAUUCAGAGGGUCCCCAGAGACAUCCCUGCCGUGCUCGCUGCUGCUCGGCUUCCCACCACCAUCCUCAACGCCACAGCCAAAGCUGUUGCGGUGACCCUGCAGUCACACUGACUCCACCUGAAAUUCUUGGCCAGUCCUCUUUCCCACAGCUGGAGAGAGGAGGAAGACUAUUAAAGGACAGUCCUGAUGACAUAUUUCUUAGAUGGGGUCUGCAGCUGCCACUGAGCUGUAGCUGCGUUAAGUACCUCCUUGAUGCCUGUUGGCACUUCUGAAGGGCACAAGGCCAAGAACUCCUGGCCAGGACUGCAAGGCUCUGCAGCCAGUGCAGAAAAUGGGCCAGCUCCUCUGAGACCCCUCACCACCUACCCCUUCCUUCCUCUUUAUCUCUCCCACACUGUCUUGCUAAAUAUAGACUUGGUAAUUAAAAUGUUGAUUGAAGUCUGGAA